AUGGGCAUCAAGAUCCGUCCGGCCACCGUACAUGACGUCCCCGCCGUCGCGCGACUCGUCCUCGCCGCCCUGGCGGACGAGUCCCCCUGGCGCGCCUUUGUGCCGCGCAAGGCACAGGCCCGUGCCGACCUGGUCGAAUAUGCCGAGGCCGCGCUGAGGAGCCUCGUCCGCCCGGCGGCUAAUCCGGGCCAUGUUGGCGUCUGCCUCCUGGUGUUGGAGCUGUCCGGCGCCGACGUCGGCUGCCGCGACGGCGGCCCGCUCGUCGUCGCGGCCGUCGCGUGGGACGCCCCGGCUCCUGAUGCGCUCGUCAGGCCGUCAAGGAUGAGUGGCGUCGAAGAUGACACCACUCAUCUGUUUGCCACCACCACUGCAAACUCUGCUUCGUACGACGAAAGCGCGGACGCGGACGCGCCCGGCAGCGUCGCGGGCCUCGUCCAGGCCAUGUCCAAGGGCAGGGCGCAGCGGUUCCUCGGUCACGACCCGUGCCUGUACCUGCGCCUGCUCGCUACCCGGCCGGACUACCAGCGUCGCGGCUACGGCAAGGUCCUGGCCGCCAAGGCCGUCGAGUUCGCCCGGCAGCAGCACCUGUCUGUCUGCCUGCAGUCGGCGGCUAGGGGCUACAUUCUGUUCUCGGGCCUGGGCUUCUCGGACUUGGGUCCUGUGACGCUGCCGGCGGAUGCCAAGAGCGGCGAGGACCUGAUGCUCAAGGCCAUGAUGCUGAGCCAGGAGCGUGUCCAGAGGCGGGGGUCGUGGAUGGAGUCGCUGUUCCGUUAUGUUUCGCGUUAG